AAAAAAAAAAAGAAACAUGGCGGACAAGUAACCGCUCGGGAUCCGCUAACCGUUUCUUUUCUUCGAUACAUUGCGGCUAGCUUAUUCAAAAAAACGGGAUACAGUGGAACAGGUAUGUUGCUACGAAAAUGUCGGUUGGGAGAACUGAUGAACAUGUAACUCUGGACUUGGAAUUUCCUAGCUAAGGAUGUCGCUUUGUGGUUAAAAUGUUUCGUCGGUCGAGAUUCAGUGUUCGCCCCAAUGUCGGCACGGUCGGGAGAACGGCAGCAGGAACGCCUCAAGAGACCCCAGCAGCAAGCCAGGAGACAAGUCAGACCCAAAAGGAACCAAACGAGAGCAAUAACGCUUCUCUAGCAAGCAACUCUGACGUGACCCCAUCAGAAAAUGCUCCCAGUACAGGCGAUGGCAAUGACCAGAACGGGGACGGCGCCAGCUCCUCGGCAUCAGUCCAGAGACGGAAGCGCUUCUCCAUCAAGCCCAAGGUGGCUCCUGGACGGCCUCUGGCCAUCUCCCGGACACCAAAAUCCCCCGUCAAAGCAGUCACCGCGCCUUCAGGCGACGGCGUGUGUGGGUCAGACCUAGAAAAGCCGUUGACAUCUAGUCAACCGGCGAAAACGGCAGCCCCUCGAGGACUCCAGUCCCCGAGGCGAAGAAGACUCUCUGAAGAUGCAAAGCAGCACAAAAUACAACCAAAAGUCGGCCCCGUCUCCUCUGAGAAACCAGGACCUUCGUCUGAUUCUCCGUCUGAGGACUCGCCAAGGCCAACCCAUCUGCCGGCAGACCGCAGCAAACAACUGGAAAACACUUCAACCAGUCAGGCCAAGGAAGUUCAUUCAAGAGCCCACGACAGAGUGCCCCCUUCUAUACCAGAUAAGGAAGCUACAGAAAUAUCAGAGAAAGCAAAGACUCUCAUAUCAUCAAAAAAUGUAACUUCAAUGACCCCAUCAGCGAUGUCCCUGAGCAGACUCCUGAAUGACCCGUCAGACGUACAGAGGAUGUUAAAGGCUCGGAGGCUGAGAGAGCUGCUGAGGCAGGAGCGCUGCAAAGAAACGAAUCUCAAAAGAGCUAAAGCACGUCGAAAGGAGUACAUUUUAGACCCAACAAAAAUGACCAUGAGAGACCUCAUCCAUUACCUCCCUGAGUCCAAUCCCAUGAGACCCAGUUUGGAAGAACACCAUGAGGAGAACGAGACGAUGAUCCCACCUUCACCAAGAAGAGAAGAACCAACGGAGCGACCUCCGGUACCUGAGGUCACCCCUGCCAAAGUGAAUACCAGAGAAGAAGAGGAGGAGGAGGAGGAAGAAGACGCUGCGGCAGAGGAAGACCAGGAAGAAUCUCUCAUGGUUCCUCAGCUCAAAGUAGCAGAAGACGGCUCGCUGAUCAUUGAUGAAGAGAGCUUAACGGUGGAAGUCCAGCGAGCCAAAGGGCCGAACCCAGCGUCCGACAGAGACCCCAUCUUUGAGAGAGGCUCCACGACAACUUAUGCAAGCUUCAGGAAGUCAAAUUACUCCAAACCCUGGUCGAUUGAAGAAACUGACAUGUUCUACCUGGCAGUCAGCAUGGUGGGGACAGACUUCUCCAUGAUUUGCCAACUGUUUCCACACAGAGCUCGAUCAGAAAUAAAAAACAAGUUCAAAAAAGAAGAGCGACAAAACUCCUGGAGGAUCGACAAAGCUUUUAGAGAGAGGCGAAAACUGGAUAUAGAAUACUUUUCUAAGCUGCUGGAGAAAAUUAUGGAGUUUCAGAGAGAGAAGAAGAAACUCAAGUCACUCGUUGGGAAGAACAACAAAAGGAAAGCCAGAACGAGGCCAAAGGGCAAGAAAUCGGCAAAGAGUCUGAGUGACAUGGAGGAAGAGGAGGAGGAGGAGAAGGAGGAGGACGACGAAAUUCCCGACUUGGAGAAAGAGAACGAGGACCAGUGUAACGAAGGGGAAACUCCUGCUUCUGAGCCGAAGAAAAAACGCAAAAGGAAAAACGGGGAGGCCUCGCCUGAGGAAACGAAUGAGAAGAAAAACAAAACAGGUGACGUACCAGAAGACUCGGAGCCAGCACUUCCUGAGAGCCACACCGAUUCAGAAAUGACUCCAAACGUAAACACAACGAAGGAUCCGGUUAUCAAUCCAGCCAAGCUCUCACGAGCCAGAGCACCAAAACCACUCCUGCCUUUGGGCCUGACGCGAGGCAAAAAGGGGAAAAGUGAAGAAACCCAGUCAGAUAAAGGGGAUAAGAAUGCGAGUGAAGAAGAACAGGUGAAUAAAAAUGAAUCAAAUGCACGCAAAACCAGUAGGGAAAAGUUUUCUGGAGAUGACAUUUCUUCUGAAGAGGAAGAGGAAACAGUAAAGCAUCAAGGACCCACUAGAUAUGGAAGAAUCCCCAAACCCAAUCUGGCCUUUGCUUAUCCUAGCAAAGAUGAAUUACAUUCCUCUGAAGCUGAAACUUCUUCAGCCUCAAAGUCCAAACCCAAAGGUGCUCUGAAAAGAGGCAAAUCACUGAAGCCGCAAUCAGACCAAAAACCCAAGAAAUCCAAACUGGUUACUCUCAGAUCCUCCAGGCCAGACUUCAGCGACGACGAAGACGACGAAGAUGCAGGUUGCAGCUCCGGUAAAGGCAUCAUGUCUUCUGGCCUGCACUCGCUGAAUGCGGUGAUUUCAGAAGUGGAUGACCCUAUGGCCGAGCUUGAUAUCUUGGCCAGUAUGCCCGAUAUGCUGGGCAUCUCCCAAGAUGCACUGUGUCCUGAUUCAUCUUGCCAUCAGACACAGUAUGAGACAAGCACUGCUGAAACAUGUGAUCAUCAGUUGGACCUGCUGGUUGAUGUUAUCGACAUUAUUACCUCAGAACAAACAGAAUUAUCUCAGGAUGACAGCUAUAAUGAGGCCGCUCAAACCCUCUUGACCAUCGGCAAGGUUAGUCACGUCUCUAUGUCAACACAGGGAGAAGUGACUACACAAGCCUCCACAUCAGGAAUGGCAACGGAUGGGGAAAAAUCAGACCACUUGGAUGAACAGAUUGUGGCUGAUGCACAACCGCAAAGUGCUUUGUCUGCUGCAUGUUCUCAGACAGGUGGAGAAAUUUCAGAAACUGUUGCCAGUGUGGACCCAGGAAACCUAGAAAUGAGGCACAGCGACACAUCUCAUGUUAAAACCAUUGAGCCAACAUGUGACGAGCUAAAGACUGCACAGAGCUCAAAUGGCAAUUCUCCGUCGACCAAGGUGGCGCGCUUUUCUAAAGUGAAGCCUAAGCCAAACCUUGGGCAAUCUUCAAGGACCGCACCUCCAACAAUCCAAAUGGAGAUUUCCAAAAAAAAGGAGGCUGAAGAGAGGCACUCGGUUGGUGCUGUUGAAGCAUCCCCAAAGAGAGCAGACUCUGAUGAAGCAUUGUUAGAAGAUGGUGAUUCUCCUAAGGAUGUUCAGCUAACAGAAGAGAAAUCUGGGAGUUCCUCGAUCACACAAGGUUGCUCCAUGUCUUUAUCCCAGGUUGAAUGUAGCGGGAAUGAGGUUCCCAGAGGUACAAACUCACCCAAUCGUAAAGAUGUAAGUGUUGCACCUCAUGACAGAACUGUCGAGUCUGAUUUAAGCAGCUCUUUGGAAUCUAAGUCAGAACUUACGCAUAUUGUACCAGAGCCAUGCACGCCUUCAGACUCAAUCCAAGACAGCAGCAGCAAACAUCUUCCUGCUGAAAAAGAUUUACCUGCCAAUCAAAAGAGUAUGGAUGUGUCUGCACCUAGAAGGAGUAGGUUGUCAAAAAUCAAACCCAACCUUCCGCAGAUGUCAAGAACUGCAAUGAAUAAAUCUCAGAUCAGUAAAGAGACUGUAAAGACAGACCCACUUACUACGUCAAACUCAGAAUCCCAAAAGCAAACCAUACUGGAUGUGAAAACCCAGUCUACCAGUUUCUUGUCAGGAAAUGUUGACGUGUCCCCUCAAGCAGAACGUCAGAAUACUCUUAAGGUUCUUUCUAGUCCAGAAACACAAGCUGAAUAUAAAUCAAAUGUAGAAUUAGUUGCGGCCCCAGAACAUAGUUGUAGUCCUGCUACUUCAAUCUCUCCUAUAGAAAACAAACCAGCUAAUAAACAAGAGAGUAGUGUUACAUCUGCUCAGUUGAGAAGGAGCCAUUUGCAGAAGGUUAAACCCAAACCAAAUCUAACUCAGACUUCAAGAGGUAAGAUAACUAAACCUCAAGCCACAGAAGACACAGCAAUGAAAAGUUCUAUAGAAUCGACACAGAUUCACUUGGAAGACACUGACUGUGCUUCAAGGUUGAACCCAAUACUGGCUUCGGACUCCGUUCAUGAAUCGACAGCAAAGCAGGUUACAAACAAACCUGCACCUACUGAGGUUGUUAUUCAUGUUGACAUGGAACAUCGUCCAGUUGACCAAGGUCAAAAGCAAACCAGCAUCAAAUCAUGUUCGACUUUCAAGUCCACAGAUAAAGCUUCGGAUUCUCUCGAUGAAACGAGUGAAAUUAGUUGCAGUAGUGCGAUGACAUCACAUGUUAGCCGAACAAACUUUGAUUCUGACCAAGACCGACGCGGUCAACCUGCUGUGUCUGUAAGACCUGAGGAAGAGUCAGCCGUCUGCAAACCUGACGGGGAAAAUGCAACUUCUGAACAGCUGAGGAAAAAUCGAAUAUCAAAAAUCAGACUUGGACCUAACAUUUCUCAAGCAUCCAGAGCUUCAAAGCUGAAACCUCGAACAUCAGAAAGCCAGUCAGAGAAGCACGCAAAUCCUGAACCGGACCCAGACCCAACAUGCAGCCCGUCUUUGGACAAACAAAGUGAAAAUGAUAAUCUUGUGAUGGAAUUAACAGCACCUAUUACCUCUCAAUCUUCAGAAAUGAAAAAGACACUUUCUGAAGCAAAGAAGCAAAACUUUGACGCCAAUCCUCAGUCAACAUCCAGUGAAAACCUCAUAGGUGCAACAUCUUCAACCUUCAGCAGUAAUAACCCAACAGUUAAAGAACCACAGUUUGGUCAAGGGUCAAACCUGAAUUCAGGAGCAGAUCUAGAAAGAAGCAACCUUUCAGCUUGCUUUGCACCCUCUAAAGAGUUACAAGUCAAUCAGAAGGAGGAUAAAGUGCCAUCUGCUCAGCUGGUCAAAAGGAGUCGAUCACAAAAGCCUAAACCAAAUUUAUCACAGACCUCAAGACCUGUAAGGUCCAAAGCUGAUGACAAAUCUGAAGUCCAACCCCAACUCGGUGCACAGCAGACAAUCGCAAAAAAAGAGAAGUAUUCUGAGUUCACAGAUGCAAACCUGACAGCUCAAGGUGGACCAAGUGAGAGCAUGAAUGUUUCACAAACAGUUAAAUCAGCAAUAACCAGCAAUUCAAAGAUUGGCAGUUCAGCCCAAGAUCAGACAGAACCUUGUGCUGCAUCCGCCAGUGAUCAAACGGGUGACAAAUCAAACACAGGAAACUCAACAACUACGCAGGCUGUAAGAAGACCUCAAAGCCCAGCCUCUGAGCAAAAUAGAGAAACUGAGGAAAAAGUACUAACAAAUGUUGAAGUUUCAAGUUCAGCCGUUACAGAAAAAACGCCUCAACGAAGGCAGCGCUUUUCCAAAGUCAAACCCAAACCCAAUUUAGAAAAAACCUGUAGAGUUGCAGUCAGAAGUCUUCAGUUAGAUGAUCACAGUAGACCUCUUGAAGACCAGAGUAAAGGGAUGUCGUCUGUUGCAUUGGAGCAACCGCUGGAAUCAACUAAGGACAAAAUGUCAGAUAAAGACCCAACAAACUCUGACUGUCUUCCAUCUGGAGAUUGCAACUUGGCUAUUAAACCGAAACCCAACCUGCACUGCAGCGGACGUCUUCGGCAAACCCAGCCAGCUGAAAACACAAAACCAACGGAAACAGACUCCGACAGUACUUCGCAAGCUUUUGGUGCCUCUAGGGAAAUCAAGAAAUCUGUACGUGAACUUAAAGCGGACACCCAUGAUCCAGAAAAAGGAGUCAUUGAGAAAUCAAGUGAAAAAGACUCAAGUUCAAUUGAUUCUCGUUCUUCUCAUAGUCGUGUUAAACCACAAUCUUCUUAUGGGCAUGAAACAUCAAGAGCCGAGGCGAUUCAGAGAGAUCCGCUCCUGUCUCAGAUACUGCCAGAGCAAGUGCCUUCAGAUCCAGAUGAGCCCUUUUUCAUCCUCUCCCUGACGGAGAUCCCGGUCCCCUCAGCAGGGGAAGUGGGAGCGAGUGGAGCCCAGAACCUCUCUUAUUGUCCCGCAGCAGGUGCAUCGGGACAGCAGCCGAGUGUUUCUGAGGUGAGUUUGAAAGCAGAAGAAAACCAUCCAGAAGUUUCUGUUGAACCUAAAGUCUUCAAGAACUCCAUCGCUGGGCCGAAUGAAAAAGCCGGUGAUGAUUUAGGCGACAAGGAAACUCUUCUCAGCAGGAAAGCCAAAGUUUCCGAGGCGAGCGUUGCUGAAACGAGGAGUUCCAAGUGUAGGAAAGCAGCAAGUAAGAGAAAUCAGAAGGAAACUCCAACCAAAGCAGAACAGACAUCUUCAAAACCUACAGCCUCCGCAUCAAAUUCUAAUAUUCCCAGUCAAACAGAAGCAGCAGCAGAUUGUGCGCAUAUUGGCCUGAGGUCUACGGCUUUAACUUCCCCGGAAAGGGAGAGCGGCUUUGUUGACAACGAGCCUACGAGCGUGUCGCAGUACUUCCUAAGCGACAUCUUCACAGAAGUUGAUGAGGGAUAAAAGCUGCAAAGCACUUAUAGUUCCACUUU